UCACAAAAGAAGGUCUUCCGAAGUGCCGAUACAGUCCAGCGUGGAUAUUCUAAUGUGUCCUAAAUCGGCCGUCAAAAAUAGCAAACUACCAUUCACACAAUCCACGUAUCUCUCACUCGCAUCAGCAUGGCAGAUCUCGCCAUCGAUCAUUCGCACAUUAUCCCAAAACUUGUCCCUAGUAAUGCUAUCCUCUCCUUCGACCUCUCCUUCUUCCAUUCAACCCAACAACAACAGCUUCGGUACCAGCUCCGGCACCAAAAACCCAACGACGCCGACCUCCACCCCUCCUCCCAGCCUUCUCAUCCACAACGCCGAAGAAUGGACUUGGGAUUACACCCUCCACCUCACAUACACUCCCGCAUCCAGAGCCACACAAAUCCUCGUCACAGGCCUCACCGCCACAGAAAUGAAUCUCAUGAUACGCUCGAUCUCAUCGCUCCUUGCUCGUCAGCCCAACUCCGCGCUAGCGCCCACCUAUACGCACCCUUUCCUCGUGCCCAUCGUCCUGCUCGAUCUCGCCGUGCAGGAAACCGCCGACUCGCUCGCUAUGCGGACGAAGGUUCUGAGGGAGAUUCAAACGCAGACGGGCAUGGAUAGGUUCAAUACGCUGAAGAGCAGGAGGGUCGGGCUGUGGAAUCGUGGGUCCAUGACAGCGGCGUGCGGGAGUAGGUGUAGGGGUGAGGAAUUGAUGAUGGAGGAAGGGGCGAUGGGCGAAAGGACCGACGGGCUGGACCUCGAUGCUGUCAUGUUGCGGCUCACGUGUUUGAGUGAUUGGGUCGCGGCGCAGAAGGGGGUUGUUUCCAUGCAGAGGAGUAUUCGUGAUGUUCUGAUACGGAUGCGGGAGGGCGAGGGGUUCGGAGAUUCGGUGGAAGGAGGUGAUGUGACGAUUUUCUACGAGAGACUUGAUUUCAUUGAGCAGAGUCUCGUGGCUGCGGAGCGGAAGUGUGAUUAUCUGGAGCGUAGCAUUGAUGCGCAAGUUCAGACAAUAUACACACUCGUCGCGCAAAAAGACAAUCAGACCAAUAUCGCAGCGGCAUCGGCCUCCUACCACAUAGCAUCAUCCUCUCGCCGCAUCGCCAUUCUGACAAGAAAGGAUAGUACCGACAUGCGAAUCAUCGCCGCCGUAACACUGGUCUUUCUUCCUGGAACUUUCGUAGCCACGCUUUUCUCCACGGGAUUGUUCGAUUGGGGAUAUGGUGACCCGACGUCUAACGACACCGAUAACGAGAAAGGUUCGCAAGAUGGCGGGCAGAAGGUCGUGUCGAGGUAUAUAUGGGUGUACUUCAUGCUGACUGGGGUUCUUACUGGAGUGGUGUUGGUGGCCUGGGUACUGUUUUCGUGCUUGCAAAAGAGGAUCAUGAUGAAGCGCUUUGGUGAUGACUGUGAGGGGGAGGGUCCUGGAGACUAUGACGGUUGGAGGCAAGGUAAGAGGGAACUAGAGAAGCCACUUUCCAAUCGCUUGAAUGUAGGCGGCGGCUUGAGAGAAAAGAUCUGGGGAGAUGUACGGACGGCCAUUGAAAGGAAAUAUUGCUGCGAUAGAGCGGUCAGAGUCGAGAGAGAGCUCAAAGGCGCGUGAUAUAGGAAGUUGUAUCGUAUGAGAAACCCGGGAGAUUUGAGACCAUGAGCGAUGUUGCGAAGUCCUCCAUCUUAGCUCCACAUAUAUCCAUGAAACCCGUGAUUCGGGAGCCUACACAAUUAGUACGUAGCACGACAAUUAUCUGGUCCCCGGGCUGCAAAAUAUGCAUUUAGAUUCUUGACCUAGUAGGCU